CGUUGCUAGUCUCAGCUGCGGCGGCCGACGGCAACGGUCGGCCACCAGGAGCCGGAGGGAUCCCCGCAGGUGGCUCCUCCGAGAGCCCAGCGCGGGAAGGUAGAACGGGCGGAACCACUGUCCCCCAGCCUCGCCGCGGGGAGCCCCCGUUGCCGGGGGACAGCGCCGGCUGCUCGCCGGCAGCCAGCGGCGCCCUGAUGCGGGCGCCCCGCGGGGAGCGCGCCCUGGAGGAGUCCCUGGAGCGGUACCAGAGGCGCCUCCGAGAACGUGCCAGUGAAAGCAUCUCUCAACUGAAACAUGCCUUGGCAAAAGGUGAUGGCACAGGAUUUGACCAGUCCUCUGUGGAUGAGGGCAGUGACAAUGCAGACACGGCCAAUGAUGACUGUGAGACUGCAGCCAGUCAGGAACUGCAGCACAGUCAUGCGGUUAACCAACUUAAAAUUUUGUUGCAACACCAAGAAAGAAUGGAAAGUGAAGAGUCUCCCUCAAGAAGGAAGAAUUCAUUCCAUAAGCCCCCAGAAGCUGUGCCUGAAGACUUACCAGCCCUUUUCGAUCUUGUUCCUAUAAUCACCGAUCAGUCACAAUACAUUAAACAUUUGGAAACAGAAGUGAAGUUUUACAAGGAGGAGUUGUGUGGGGUGAAAGAUCAAGAACAGGCAAUUUUACUUGAAAAUGAGGAACUUAAUCAGAAGCUGAAAUUCUUAACUGCAGAAUACAUGUUGAGAGAACAAACUCUUCUUGAUGCCUCAGCAAAUACUCAGAGAUCCUGGCUGGUAGGUGGUAAAGACUGUAGCACACAUCAGCCUGUCACCCCCUCACUGGUGCACAACAAAGAUCAGGCUUUUGUUGCAGCAGCUUCUGGAGACAAAGCCACGUGGCCUGUAGAACUGGAGAAUCUAAAACUUCUUUAUCAAGAAAAAGUCAAUAUCCUUGAUGCUCAAAUACAGUCUCUAAGAAAAGACCUUUCAGAAUCUCAGAAGACAUGCAAAGAUUUGGAAGGAAGGCUGAAACACCAAAAGUCACUGUUUGCAGCCAGAAAUUCUAGCCAGGUUGGUGGUCUGUGCCUGAACUGUGCCCAGCACGAGGCCAUUCUUGCACAGACCCACUGUAAUGUCCACGUGCAGACCAUCGAGAGGCUGACAAGAGAAAGAGAUGACUUGAUGGAUGCACUUGUUUCAGUGAGACAAAGCAUAAAAGAGAUGCAGCAAAGAGCAUCUAAUGCUUGUAAGCAAGUUGAACAUGCUGUGCAAAUGGCAGAAGAGGCCAAUUUUGAAAAAACAAAGGCUCUAGUCCACUGUGAGCAACUGAAAAGUGAGAUGGAACGACAGAAGAAUUAUCUUGAAAAGGAGCUGGCUGCCCAGCUAAAUAAGAGGGCUGAUGAAAAAGAAGCACUGCGGCGAGAAAUGAAGAAGGAAAGGGAGGACUUGGCAGCAAUGGUGACAGCUUUGUCUAAGGAUGUGGCUGUUUUGGAGGCUCAAAUAGAGAGAAUUACAAGGGAAAAGAAUUCUCUAGUUAACCAGUUAGAAGAAUCACAGUGCCAACUUGCAUCUCAUGAAAUGGAGAUGAAUAAGGUGUGUGGAGAAAUGCGCUAUCAGUUGAAUCAAACCAAAAUGAAGAAGGAUGAGGCAGAAAAGGAGCUCAGAGAGUACAGAACAAAAACUAUAAGGGAGCUUGAAAUUAAGGACCAGAAAAUAGAAAAACUGGGAUUAGAGCUCAAUGGGAACAAACAGCGUUUGGAACAAGCCCAGCAGGAUGUGACAGAAGCCAGAGAGGAGUGCCUAAAACUGACAGAACUGCUGAGUAAAUCUGAGCACCAACUGCACCUCACCAGAUUGGAGAAAGAGAACAUUCAGCACAGCAUUAGCAGUGAAGCAAAGGCCCGAGCCCUUCAGGCCCAGCAAAGAGAGCAGGAGCUGACACAGAAGAUGCAGCAAAUGGAGGCCCAGCAUGAGAAAACUGUAGAAGAACUGGAUUCAUUGCUGACCUCCCAGAAUACAUUCAUAGCAAAAUUAAAGGACGAAUGUUUUGUGUUCGCAAAAAAGUUGGAACAAAUGUCAGAAAAAUACAGAUCUGAAGUCAACCAGCUUAGUCAGGAAAAAGAAUAUCUUCAUGGCAGAUUGGAGAAGAUGCAGAAACGGAAUGAUGAAUUGGACCAACAAUGUAUCCAGCAUGGGAGAAUGCAUGAGAGAAUGAAGUCAAGGUUACAGCAGCUUGACAAGCACUGCCAGGCCACUGCCCAGCAGUUAGUGGAGUUGCUCAACAAACAGAAUCAGCUCUUCAAAGAGAAGCACCUGCUUACAGAAGAGGUGCAGUUUCUGCGAACACAGGGGAAAAAAUGGGAUGCAGAUCUCAAACAGGACACAGAUGGAAUGAAGUAAAAACCUGGAAGGAUAAAGAGAAAUGAGCAGAAGUCUGCUCUGCACCUGGCUGAAACUUGUCUGAGGCUCACCCAAAGACACCUCUGCAGAAAACAGGCACACUUGCUAGCUAAUUUCAGCUGGUUUCUAUUUGGUUUUAACUACAGAAUCACAAAUAUUUUGAAGCCUUACCAGCCUACCAAACUUUCUAGGACGACAGCUGAGACUUUUCUGAAAAGACCAGGCUUGCAAGCCAGUUUUAACAGCUAUUAUGUGGUGUGGAUGUCAAUAAUUUGUACAAUGUUUAUAAAAUGUUUUUAUCUAUUUUCAUAAUUGAACAUACAUUUCUGUAUUAUUUACAGACUGAAAUAUCAAUAAACCUAAUAGGUUCUCUAGGUUCCUUGUUCUGUUCUUCUGAAUUCAAGGGAAAGCAUGUGCAGGGGAAGGAGGGAGAAGAGGGCUAUUUGCAAGUGCUGCACAUGUACACUGCCCUCCUUUUUACAAACUCAGUACCAGAAUAUACCUGGGAACUUUAUUCAACAGGAUAUUUGUCACUUCUAUAUAAAAAGUGAGUCCCGACAACUAUUUACUAAUCAGAAAAGUGUAAGAAGAUUGAGAAAUAUUCCACCGAAUGUGGAGGAAUUUCUAUGGGUCAGGUUCCCCUUUAAAACAUUCACUGAACAAGGCCUUUAAGAGAAAAGAGCCCUUGAUUAUUACAGAGGAGCCAUUACAGGAGGUGAUGGGCUCCACACUGAAGUGGUGAAUCUGGACUUUUGCACCAGCACAUAUUCAGGGCACCAGCUGAACUUGCUUCAAAUUAUUGAACUCAGAAUAUUUGGAGGGUACAGGUGGAGGGCUUUUUUUCUGGUUAACUAUGCAAUCAUGUUGUGCAAGGUUACUUUUCAUAUACCCAACUGUUUUAGAAAUAAUUUAUCUGAAUAUUUUGCUAUCUAGUGUAGGAUAAGCUACACACACAUGAGAAAAGUUUCUACAUCUACUUUUUUCAAUGUAGUUGGUAAAGGGGGUGAAAAAAGCGCAAAGAACAGUUCCGCAGCAAUAAAGCUACUUCAGCCAGCAUGAACACAGAAAACAUAACAAAAAUAAGAGUAACAACACAUGCAAUAAAUUACCAUUGGGUGUGGAACACAAUCCUUCCUUCCCUUAUAUUUUAAGAAUUAUUAGUGGUACAGCCCUAACAUCAAAGUGAUUUUUCCUCCCUAUUUCAAUUUCCUGCCAUAUAAAACUGCCAAACACAUCUGAUCACCUCCAUGAACAGCUUCACAGAUAUGACACUGAGCGUGCUAAGAGAGGCCUCAGGUCUUUAAGAAGAAAGGCUGCUGAAGGAAAGCCCUCUCUAGUCAAACUCAGGAUUUUUCACAGUAGUCAGGCUGACAGCUUUUUAAGUACUUUAUAGAUGGUUACGUUUUUACUUUAUAGCUUUUUACUUUAUAGAUGGUUACACAGUUAAGAAUAUACAUUUAUAAAUGUAGGAAAUGCAAACUUUUUCUAUUAUUCCACAGCAUAAAUCUGUGUUUUAAUAGGAGACAGUGCCUAUAGGCUACGUGUGCAAAGCAACUCGGGCACCUAUUCCUGGCACUUAGGCUUCACUGAGACCCUGGAGCACACCGGGACCCUCAACCUUUCUGGACUUGCCUCACCUACCAGGUGGCUUCUGGUGGCCACAUGGAGGGCCCCACUGCCAGCCACCCACGUGCAUGUAUGAGUCUGAUUUCAAAGGGUCCUGGGCUGCCAGUAUAUAUAGCUCGAAGCAGGUUUUUCAUACUCAUCCCAGGCAUAGGUGCAACUAAUGUUUUGCUGGGAGUCCACCAGGAAUAACUUCUCCUGCAGCAGUUACUCUGCUUUGUAGCAAUUAAUAAGUCAUUACAGCACCAGGCCUACCUGUCUCAUAUCCCUCCCCACCUUCCCCUGCUUCUACUUAAGCACUAUAAUCUUGGUUUUACAAAUUCUACAAGUAUCAGACCCGAUGAUCAAAUCCAGGUCAGCACACAGAGCGUGAUUCCACAACAUGGGAUGCAGCCUGACCAGACAGUCCUGUCACUGCUGCAGUUUUGUCCUGGUCACUGACAUCCUGAUAUCACUGAACUAAUGGAUGGCUGUCUCCCUGAUGCUCUUUCCUAUUACAAGGUCGGGGAGGAAAAAAAAGGAGGGAAAAAAGAAAGGAAAAAACCUGAGACCUAGAUGAAGCACCUCUAUUCCUGAGAAGCAUUCACGUCAGACAACAGAAAACCCAUCAGACCCACUGCUUUAGGGACACUCAGCCCUCCAGACUGCCUGGUUCAAAUAGCCCUGGACCAGCCCGUGGGCUUCAAAGAGUCCCACUCUCCAGUGCCCUGCAAAUCCCACCUUCCCUUUCUUCUGUCUCCUUCCCCAAACAUCAUCUAGCUGUGGGAUAUGAGGCCAAGAAUUUAAUCAGAUGAAAAUCACUUAAAUGGUGGAUGUUCUGAUAGGAGCAUAUCUUCAAAAGUAUAACCCAAAUUUACUUUUAUAAGUGACAUACAUCUCACAGAGUUAACAGGAACCACCUGUAUGGAAACAGCCUCGGUCCAAAGCACAGAUACAUUUUGCUUAGUCAUAAAAACUUUUUUUUUUUGACAAUACUGUAACUUAAUCAUUUACAAGCUGAAACUGUUCACCCAGUAUCUGAAAUAUGUCACAGCGAGUUACAGUUAUCACUAGGACUUCACAGCAAAUAAAACUUGUAACUAAACAUGCACAGAUCAUUAUAUAUACAGUGAUAAAAAAAUAAUGAUGUACAUUUUCUUGUAAGAAGAAAUUAAGUAAAUUCUUUGUGCAUUUCAGGAUUGAAACAUCUAACCUAUAUAAAAUUACUUUAAAAUAUGAAGUAAAUAUUUAACCCAAAACUUGAGAAAUCUUUCGUAAUCUGCAAUAUAGCCUUCUCAUUUCCAUUUUUCUUUCUCUGACACAGGACAACUUAAGAAUUUUAUCCUCUAAGAUAUUUAAUAGUAAUGUGCAGAUAUAAAAAAAUACGUCCUCUGUGGCAAGCUUGAACAUAUAUAUAUAUAUAUAUUUACAAUCCUCCAGAACAAAUUAGCAUUAAAAAACACAGAAGUAGCAGAUUGACAUAGUGCUUUAUUUAAGCUGUCUGUACGAAGGAAAAUAAUGUGCAUCCCUAUCAUAUACGUGUAAAAAUACUAAGGAUGUACAGUGUACAAAAACAGUUUCUUGUAGUUAUUUCACAUCCUUGUGGGUCAUAUACUUAAGGAAAUAAACAGUUUAAGUAUGACCAACAGUAAUACGGUUUCUUGGGUUCGUAGUCGUGUCUGCUUAAUAUCCUUAACCAUAUGACUAGAUCUUGCAUGGAUCUAAUGAAAGAACUAGCAAGGUCAAGAAAUGUCACAAACUCUAAAGCUACAGGGAGGUAAUUCAAUUACCAAUUUAGAGGUUUUUAUUUAAAUAAAUACUUUACAUUUCAUGCUUGCCUGUAAUGCACUACCAGGAGCAAGAUAAGGAAAUUCUACUGUAGACAGUACAAACAGUAGCAGCAAAGUGUGUACAUUGAGGUGUAAUAUAUAGACCCUGCAGUUAGUAAGGAAAGACCUUACUUUUGUACUCUAGGAGAAGCACAUGGCCCCUGCAAGAACAGUCAGCUUUAAGAAGCCGCAAGUAAAGAUGGAAAAAAAAAGGUGAAACAAUACUGGAAUAAAUGUUUUUUAAGCAACAGGAAUGUACUGGAAGAUGGAUUAGUGUGGAAAGCGAAGCUGUGUGCAAAACUGCCAAAAUCCAAACAGAAUUGACCUACUUCCUCUGAGAUGGCUGCAGUACAAGAGGGCAUACUGUAUGUCAUGGAAGUCAGUACAAGCUGGAGUAAAGGUCUGAAAUGUACUGUGCUCAAAAGGCUCACCAAGACAACCAGCCACCACCUCCUGUCCAAAUCCAACCACAACCGCAGACAGCAAAAGAGCUUCAAAAGUUUGUCUCAGCACUUCUUGUCCAUUUCUCUGUCAUCUGUUUCUAACACUGGUAAGACAAAAUCCCCUAGGCCUGGGCAGCGAAAGGUGGCUGCUGACUCUGCAUCAUAAACUGGAUCUCUGACGUUUCAGAAGGCAGACAAUGCAAUGCAAAGUGAUGUCUUAAAAGGUUUACAAAUAGUUCACUGCCAGGUCUCUCCUGCAAACCGCACACUACCUGGCCACACAACGGAGAGAAAAGCACAAGGUGUCACUGACACGAGGAGCUGCUGGCCAGUGCCACACACAGCCAGUUGGCCACUUGGCUGGAGGUGGCCUGUGCCAAGAAACUUAUUGCUAUUACAAGCUGAAAACAUAGGGGAGAAUACACAGACAUGUAACACAGAUUUUGAAUCACCAUAGUCUGUGAGUACAAGACCUUUGCAGAGAACUAAUUAAUGCCCGUCUGUUAAGUACUUGGUUAUUUCAGUCACUCACUCACUGUGUCAGUGUAGACAGCUCUACACCACCAGUCCAGGACAGACCUGCAACGCAUUUGCUGCUCUCCUCUCUCUCCGCACAGGGACAACAUCUACACAUCUUUAGUGUUACAGGGUGACAUAAUGAAAUCCUAUGCAGUUAGAGUAUACAUCAUGAUAUAUUUCUAUCUGAUUAUCCAUCCAUUACUAAAGAUAAAACAUGAAACAUGAAAAAUUGUCUAAAUUACUCUGCGUCUUUAGCUGCCUUGCUAAAAUGCCCAGCUACCCCUUGACCAUCCCAGCACAUGCACUGCCAGCAGUGGGCUUCAUGCUUGGGCACUCAACUUUCCACAUCAAGAGGCUAAGGCAUCUGUGUAGGAACAUCUCUCAGACUCAUCUACUCACUCACACAACGCAACCAGGAAUACUCUGCAAUAUCACAGUCUUUGUGGGAGCUAACAAGAGCUGAACGCAGAGAUACUUCCAAUGAUAAUCCCACGGAGUCGGGGGUUCCCGAUGUCGCCUGCAGGGGUGUGCGCGCUCUGUCGCUGUGCCGCGUCACUCCCCAACUCCUAGCACCAAAGGGUUUAUUAUUAAGAUUAUCAUUGCUGAAGAUCAAAGCUAAAGUUUAUGCACAUGUUCUGUUAGAUACAGAUCUUCGGAAAUGGAAAGACGUUUCCCUACCAGUGGAGCGUUUAUUGUGAUGUUUGAAAUUCAGUCAAUCAGGUACCACGGUUACACAUAACCUCCUGGGUUUCAGGACUCUUUUGGCUGAGGGCAAAUCUUCCUUGAGAACGGCUGAUCCCAGAAAUUUACUAUUUUAAUUGUUAAAAUAAAGUGCUUUUCUUGUAA